AUGGCAUACCGACAGCUAUGGGCGCGCAUGCGAGGCAGCUUCCUUGGUGACACGACAAUUCGUCUCCUGAGUCUCGCAACUUGGGUCCCCAUCGUGAUCACGUUCAACGAUCAUGUCGCGACCAUCACAGCGAUUAGCGGCGGCUCCAUGUACCCGUACUACAAUGAGGACCGCAACAGCACUGUGGCAAACGACAUGGUGCUCACUUGGAAGUGGAAUCCGAUGGAUGGACUGCGGAAGGGCAUGAUAGUCACGUUUAGAAGCCCAUUCCACCCGGAGACCGUCGCGAUCAAGCGAAUUGUUGCACUGGAGGGAGAAUAUGUCACACCGAGGGCGCCGCAUCCGCCUGGAAUAGUCCGGGUACCACAAGGGCAUAUCUGGGUCGAGGGUGACGGCCCGCAGGGCCAGACAUUGGACAGCAAUACCUACGGACCAAUAUCUAUGGCGCUGGUUACGGGACGGUGUGUUUGGAAUAUCUGGCCCUGGCGCAAGUUUGGGCGCGUGAGGUGGGAAGAAUAUAGGUUCGCCCCUAGAUACUGA